AUGGUGUCACAUGAAGAGAACACAGGUAUUGUGGAAUGGUUUCUUGGUCCGCAUCCAUUUACGUAUCCUCCUUAUGGGAUUGAGCUGAUUCAUGAGGAAGACGAAUCAUCCCAUCAUCAUCAGAGCGGUGAGUAUUACAGAGAGUAUGAAGAUCAUCGUAGUAGGAGCGAUGUAGAUAACGAUGAGAUCAUUGCGAGAACACUGCAAGACGAUUUUUUGCAGCUUGAGAUCGCAGACAGUAACGAUUAUUCAAAUCAACAGCCACAACAGCAACAACAUCAACAAGAAGGUUAUACUAACAACUAUAGCAGUAAUAACGAAUAUGGUUGGAACGAUCAAUCCGCUGUGGAAUACUCUCCAGAAUGGGUAGGGAAUGAGAAUGAUCAAGAUGGGAGGAGCGAUGAUUCGGUGAAUCUGUUUUCGUGUUCGAGUCCGAGUGACACGGAUGAGUAUGUCUACUCUUGGGAAUCAGAUCAGUGUGAUGCUGAUGGUGAAUUUGGAAGGAGGUUGAAUCAAAUGGUCCCCAUUCCUUAUGUACCAAAAAUAAAUGGAGAAAUACCUCCGGAAGAAGAAGCAGUUUCAGAUCAUGAAAGACUUCGGAAUAGGUUAGAGAUGUUUGACUUCGCCGAGGUCAAAGUUCCAGGAGAUGGUAAUUGCCAGUUCCGUGCUUUAGCUGAUCAACUAUACAAAACCGCAGAUCGUCAUAAACAUGUUAGACGACAAAUUGUAAAGCAGCUCAAGUCUCGGCCAGAUUCUUAUGAAGGAUAUGUUCCUAUGGACUUCUCUGAGUAUCUAAAGAAGAUGUCUCGGAGUGGCGAGUGGGGAGAUCACGUUACAUUACAGGCAGCUGCAGAUGCGUAUCGGGUGAAAAUAGUAGUGCUAACAUCAUUCAAGAAUACAUGUUAUAUUGAAAUUCUUCCUACUUCUCAAGAAUCUAAAGGAGUAAUCUUCUUGAGCUUCUGGGCAGAGGUUCAUUACAACUCCAUCUACUUAAACAGAGAUACAUCUGCAACAGAGCUACAGAGGAGGAAAAAAUGGUGGCGUUUCGGAAACUAG